CCCCCUGUGGUCGACUAAUUUCAUUUCGUACUUAAAAAUAAAAUAAGAAAGGAUGCGGGUGCACCCGGUGUAAACAAUAAUUUCUCGCCUAUGAGAAAUUUGAGCCGUUGAAUGCGCCCGGUGAACCGUAAUCCUCCUCGACGCUGCCACGUGGGUCGACGUGUCACGUGGAGUGGUGUGGUUCGCAUCCAACUCAUCUUUAGAUAUUUGCCACGUCACCGCCCGCUCCAUUUCCCCUAAUUUGUUUUUUAUUAAAUUAUCAAUCACCGCCCCUCCUCAUCUCGCCUCCCCCAAUAAUCUCCUCGCUCCCACGUGAUCUCCACACCCGUUCUCUCUCUAUAUAUACGACAUCGUCGUCGUCGUCGUCGUCGUCGUCUUCUCCUCGUAGCUUCUUACUCCUCCAACAAUGGCGAUCGGAGACCACUCCCCCGCUUCCUACAUCAGAUUGGUGCAGCACCUGAUCGAGCGGUGCCUCCUCUUCGAGAUGAGCAUGGAGGAGUGCGCGGAGGCGCUCGCGAAGCACGCCGACAUCAAACCCGCAGUCACCUCCACAGUGUGGAAGGAGCUGGAGAAGGAGAACAAGGAGUUCUUCGAAGCGUACGGACGGAGAAGAGCGAGAGGUGUUAAUGGUGUGAAUGCGGAGUAGCUCUCGUACGUAGCAGUAGUGUUUUUUUUUCUUUUAAUAAAACAAAAUUAGUUCACAAGAAUUAGUAGGCUAGGAGACAAAUAAAGUAUGGGUGGAUUUCUAUUUUUAUUUUUAUUUUUCUCGAAGAACUUAUAAUAAUCCGCUACAGUGUAUAGCUUUUAGCUAUGGAAUUGUGAGGUGAUGGUUUUCGCUCUUUUCCCUUCA